AUGUCCGUCGCUGACCGCAUUGUCAGCUCCCUAGCUCCGGCCGACAAUAACGCGCAAACGAUUCAGGGGGGCAUCUCGGCUUCGACCCCGGCGGCGGCGGCCUCGUUCGAGGAGGAUAGAUAUGCGGUACAGACGGGAGGACUUUUGCCGGAUAUCAGAACAGUCGGACAAUCUUUUAGACAGGAGGAUAUGAGUUUACAAGACGACUCUUUCGAAGAGGAGGGCCGCCCGCCUUACCUCCACGCCAUGAUUGCUGGAGGUGUCGGAGGUUCGACGGGCGACAUGCUCAUGCACUCCCUGGACACGGUCAAGACGCGGCAACAGGGCGACCCGCACAUACCGCCAAAAUACACGUCUCUGGGCUCGUCAUACUACAAGAUACUACGGCAAGAGGGCGUCCGACGAGGUCUUUACGGCGGAUGGAUACCGGCUUUGGGUGGUUCCCUUCCGGGCACGAUGAUGUUUUUUGGGACGUACGAAUGGAGUAAACGGUUUCUCAUCGACCAUGGUGUGCAACAGCACCUGGCCUACCUCACAGCUGGCUUUCUCGGAGAUUUAGCCGGCUCCAUCGUUUACGUUCCAUCCGAGGUGUUAAAGACCCGCUUGCAGUUGCAAGGACGGUAUAAUAACCCCUAUUUCAAAUCGGGCUACAACUACAGAGGAACCGUUGAUGCGGCGCGGACAAUUGUCCGUCACGAAGGACCGGCUGCGCUCUUCCACGGUUACCAAGCAACACUGGCCCGUGACCUCCCAUUUUCAGCACUUCAGUUUAUGUUUUGGGAGCAAUUUCAUGCCUGGGCACGCACCUACAAGCAGAGCAGAGAUGUUGGUGUGCCGCUAGAGCUCCUUACCGGCGGUCUCGCCGGCAGCCUGGCUGGCAUUAUGACAUGUCCUCUGGACGUCGUCAAGACGCGUUUGCAGACGCAGGUGCACCCUGAUCUGUUGCCCAAGGAGAUGAAGCCGGUGGUCAAGGGCGCUGCGCACGCUUCAACGUCAAAAUCUCAGACGCGCAACAUUUCAACGUCUUCACCCUCGACGCAUACCCCGCGACCAGGCGCGGUCAAUCUGCAGACCUCGUCUGUCAUCGAAGGUCUCAAAGUCAUUUACCAGACAGAGGGGCUCAGCGGAUGGUUCAGGGGCGUGGGUCCCCGUGGUGUCUGGACUUUUAUUCAGAGCGGCACCAUGCUGUUCUUGUACCAACGCAUUCUCAAGUCAUUAGAGACUUGGGAUCCACCAGUGGAAGAGCAGGAGCGUGCCAUCUAA